UUAUUCUCCUUUAAGUGAACUGCUCAGUGUUUGCUGUCUCUCCAUUGGCUGGUGAUGCUUGGGGUUAAAUACAUGUUACAGUCUUAAUGGUGAAGCGUCAACGUGGUGUGUGUGGAAAAAACAAAACCCGUCUUAAAAUCUUCUUAGUGUCAUAACUAAACAGUUGGCAGGAAUAAUUGUACGGCACUGACCUAAGCGAGCUUGUUUAAGGAUUCUGUUUAAAAUACCCGCAGGAUCAGUGCCGGGGUUAAUACAGAAGGUUAAAGGUUAAAGUUUACGGCUCGGUGUCAGAGUGAAGAGAACUAAAUCUUACAUGAUAUGAGAGCGCUCGUAAAAAAGCUUUAAAACUCAAGUCUUCUCACGACUCUUCCUCGCUGUGUGGAGUUGUUCUGCAGCCGGUGUUUUUAGAUGAAGGUGCGAUAUGCAAGGUCUUAAUCUCACGUCCCCACUGUCUGCGGCACAUUGAGGAUUUGUGGAGUGUAAGAUUAGAGCUCCUCGUCGUCAUAAAUCUCUGCUUCCCAAUUCGACCGUGUGGUGUCGGGUGGGGCAGUUGCUCGGUGUAGUGUGUGGACUUGGUGGAUGCAACUCUUGUAUAAGUAGGGUCAAGCAGGAACUUCUGUUUCUUCACAUGAAGCUCCUUCUUGCACCUGCAUCUUUCUUUGUGGAGACGUCUCAGAGUUGAGCCUUAACUUUGUAUGCUGCCUCACAGUCGCUCUGCGUGAUGAACUACUGCAUACCAGACAUGUAUGAGAUGCCUCACUCUGGGGCGGGAGGCUACCCGAUGCAGGGCGGCGGGGAACACUGCAUGUACCCUGGUGAAGCACCCGGGUACGGAUACUGCGAGCCCCAGCCGCUGCACCAUCCGCCCUGCAUGGAGCAGGCGUGGUCGCCCAGCCAGCACUUCUCGUGCUCGUACGCUGGCAGCCCGGCGCUUUUUAAGAGCGAGUUCUGCAGCAGAGACCUUCCUCUUAGUCAUUUCCACCAGCAGCCGGACUACUUCCCCGAGAUCACACCUGACUUCUCACACCUGCAGUGGAUGCAGGGGGAGCACAGGAAAGGGUACAUCCCGAGUUAUUUGGACAAGGAUGAGCUCUGUGUAGUGUGCGGGGACAAAGCCACAGGCUACCACUAUCGCUGCAUCACCUGUGAAGGUUGCAAGGGGUUCUUCAGGCGGACCAUCCAGAAGAACCUCAACCCGACCUACGCCUGUAAGUACGAGGCCAAGUGCGUCAUCGACAAGGUGACCCGGAACCAGUGCCAGGAAUGUCGCUUCAAGAAGUGCAUCGCGGUGGGGAUGGCGACCGACUUGGUGUUGGACGACAGCAAGAGGCUGGCCAAGCGGAAGCUAAUCGAGGAGAACCGGGAGCGCCGGCGGAAGGAGGAGCAGCAGAAGACGGCGUGGGACCGGCAGGAGCCGACGCAGGAGGAGUGGGACCUGAUCCGCAUGGUGACCGACGCUCACAUGUCCACCAACGCACAGGGAAACCACUGGAAGCAGAAGCGGAAAUUCCUGGUCGAGGAAGCUAUGCUUCUUAAUGAAAUAACAUGUAAUUUAUUCUAUACUUCUGACCAGAGUGCUGCGGGGGUGAAGGAAGCGAAGCCUGAGGAUAUUGGUCAAGCGUCCAUGGUCAAUACACCCGAAGGAAACAAAGUGGAUAUCGAAGCCUUCAGUCAGUUUACAAAAAUUAUCACCCCUGCCAUAACCCGAGUGGUGGACUUUGCCAAAAAACUGCCUAUGUUUUGUGAUCUGCCUUGUGAAGACCAGAUCGUCCUGUUGAAAGGCUGCUGCAUGGAGAUCAUGUCGCUGCGAGCUGCAGUCCGCUACGAUCCAGAGAGCGAGACCCUCACGCUCAACGGAGAGAUGGCGGUCACGCGGGGUCAGCUUAAGAACGGAGGCCUGGGCGUAGUCUCGGAUGCCAUCUUUGACCUUGGUGUGUCGCUGUCCUCCUUUAACUUGGAUGACUCUGAGGUGGCUCUUCUACAGGCUGUAAUCCUGCUUUCAUCCGAUCGGCCGGGCCUGAGCAGCGUGGAGCGGAUCGAGCGGUGCCAAGAGGAGUUCCUGCUGGCCUUUGAACAUUACAUCAACUACCGCAAACACAAAGUGGCGCAUUUCUGGCCCAAGCUGCUAAUGAAGGUGACGGACCUGCGGAUGAUCGGCGCCUGCCACGCCAGCCGAUUCCUCCACAUGAAAGUGGAGUGUCCCACCGAGCUAUUCCCUCCUCUCUUCCUGGAGGUCUUCGAGGACUGACCAAUGGAUUUUAAAUGUAUGUGUGCGUGCAUGUAUGUGUGUGUGCGUGUGUACGUGAGUGUGCAUACGUCAGCGCCUGGGCACCCUGGUGGUCUCGGGUGAACCAGCAGCCCGUCACAAUGACUUUCUCUUAGCACUACUGAGUGUCACUUCAUUCCAUAGUUUAGCUCUCUGGUGUAGUUGUGGAUGGAACCAUUCCUUACAGUGCGGGUACAUGUGAAUAGCAUUUAUGUUUUGGUUUGGUUUGUUCUGUUGUUGUUAUUGUUGUGGAUAUAACCUCUCACCUCGGAUUUUACUAUAGAUAUUUUUGUUUCAAAGAUUGUAAAGUUGGCAUCUUUUUAUAAGCACUUCAGUAGAAACCAAGCAGAUGUUGUAUUUUACUUUUCUUUUACGUUGACAAACUCAAAAUGGCUGCUCACACACAAUACCACAUUGUUUCAUUGUUUCUGCACCUGAUCGUUGGUAUACUAACCGUCAGUCGUCUGAACCCGCUAACAGCAACACGUCUCCAUGUUAAGUCGUCAUGCGGCGUUCCAGAGAUGUCGGAAAAAUCUGAAUUUUGCAACUUAAGACAGAACUCGUGGUGAGAAACCUGCAGCACUUCACACGUACAUGGCAGCAUGUGCUGGAAACACUACACAGCAGAACUCUGCUGCAGGGAACUGUAACAGGCUAGCAAACAUAAAUAUCAUGGACGACUUCAGCGGUUGCACUACGACAGCAUAUCAAUCAUUUUGCCAAAUGAAUAUAAAGAAUGUUCAUCUGAUGCCUCAGUCAGAAAUAUGCACACAGCGUUGACAGUGUUAGAAAGUCAGUUCCCAUUAGAAAUCUUCAAGCUCCUCAGUGACCGAGCAUCUCUGCCUUCAGUGAAACACUGUUUAAUGAAGAAGACGAGGGAAGCUGAGGAGAUACCUGGAAAACUACUCAUUUAUUUCAAAGGGCUGCCUCAUGGACCCAGGAAGUGUUUAUUAUCCGACGAGUACGCACAAAUGUGACAUGUAUUGUAGACCUUCACGGAGCUGCUGCAGCCUCAUGAAGCUCAUUGUUUACAUUGUUUCAGGCUUUUUAUGUAACUAAAUAUCGUCAACCGAGGGUGAACAAGGUCUCCAGCAGUUCAUAACGUGGACACUAUAAAACCAGUUCCAACCCAUGCUGACACAUCACAUGCUGCACACCAGGUAGUGAAGUUCAGACUGUUUGGGCCAAUGCAGUGCAUUAUGGGUAGAAACUAAACUCAUUGUGCAGAUAGACCUUUGUGGUUCUAUUGUUGGAACACCAGAGUCCCAAGUCUAUCUGACAUUCCCCCCCGAAGAUUUAACCUCAACUGUAUUUUAUGCAACUUAGCUUCAUUAAGCUCUAAAGAUGUUUAAACAAGUUCCACGUGGCAGGAAACUUAAAAGUGAAAAUUAUAUUUGCUAAUAAAUCUGAAUUCUUAAGACUUUUUAUAAAAGUACUGAUGAUCCCGCCCUGCUAUUGGUCGUCAGCAGAGACCUUUGUGAUACUAACAUGAUGCUUGAACAUGUGGAGAUAGACCCUGUUCUUUAAAGACGUUUGAGACGCAGACCUCAGAUCUGUCAGAGAGACCUCGUUAACCCUCGGUUGAUGAAAUAUAACGUUUUUAUUUGUGAGGAUUUAUUAUUUAUUUUAUGUUGGAUGUUAAAGUUAAUUGAAUAUCUUUGGAUUGUGUGAGACGGGUCGGUGCAUGAGUCCAUCAUGAAGAUAAUCGUUUAUGAUCCGAACAUUCUGUCGUAGCUGCCUGAAGAAAAUCUAUUUUUACAAACGAGCGCGUAAACGCACAAAGGUUUUUAAAUCCCGACGUUCCCUCUGCUCAUUCAGACUUCCGACAUUGAAAGGAACGCAGCGGUAGCAUUAACAGAUGGUCAGGACGAACUAAAGCACAUAAUGAGCCUGAUGUCAGGAGAAGACAAUCAUAGUACUUUGUGUUUGUGUAACAUUGCCACACGCUGUGCCAAAUUCAGCUGAUGCCCUCCUUAUGAACCCUGCUGGGCUCCACUGGUGAGUGAACGGCACUCACACACGGUCGUCCCUCUGACUUGUGUUUUAGUCCACGUGAGCAGCUUCUACAAUACAAGUGUUGUGUGUUGCCUCACUAGUCUCACAUGCGAUGAUUUCAACCGUUCUGUUUUGUUCUCCUGUCCGCUGUUUGUGAUGCAGUGACGUCGUGGUGCGGCGUGGGCUGUGCAAAGGACUGGUUGAACUCUUUGUUAUCUCCAUGCAGAAAGGAUCUGUUUGUAUAACAGCACACGCUUUUAGGAUGGCAUGCAUCGACACUAACACACAGACAUGCACACAUACAGUACACAUACAGUACACAUACAGUACACAUACAGUACACAUACAGUACACAUGCACAGAUCUGCAUGUGGGUCAGACCCCGCCACUGUGACCAACCAGUGGGAUGUGGAGGCCCAAACAACAGUAUGACUCAUCAGCUGGUGAGAUUCUCUUACUUUAGCUGGUAUGUUCUGUUUUGUGUUGUCCUUCUGAAAGCCUCUCUAUGGUAUUGUCGUUUUGCAAUGUGACAAAACAUUUUUGCUCUGUAAAUCUCGCUUCCUCAAGCUUCACACUACUCCUCAAAGCAGCUUGUGUUUCUGUUUUCCUCUUUUCUGUGAAGUGAUGCCUUUUAUCAAAGCAAUAGACUUGCUGCAGUGUUUGAAUGACCCGGACCUCACACACACACACACACACCUCGCAAAACUGUACAGACUCAAAAUAAAUGCACAGACAAUCAGAGGGAGAGAGAUGGAUGGGGGAGCGUGGCACCCAGGCUCGGGCCCGUCGGUCGCACCGAGCCAGAGCCAUUUGGAAAAGUAACAUUGUCCAGGUUUACAUGCACCUCUAACCCUAACCCGUCAGCAGUGGUGUCGGCAGGAGCCUCGGACACGCUGUGACCGACACAUUGUUUCAGCUUGAUAGAUAAAUUCAACUCAAGUACCGAGUGAAGUGAAGAGAACAUGUGAAAUAAAUCUGGUCAGGUGUCACAACCGGGGCUGGUUGCACAAACACGCACAUGUGAGACUCAUCUUUAAAGUUCGGCCGGUCUUAAUUCUGCUCUCAGACUUCGUCUAAUUCUUCACCCAAAUACUCCCAGGAACUAAACUCAGGAACUAAAUCAGGACCUCAAAGUCCCGUUUGUGCAUUUGUGUUUCCAUUGCAUCUGAAGAACCGUGAGGAUGAGAUCAGCAAAGUACAAAGAUGUAAUAAAACAAUGCAUUAUUAAAAAGUAACAAGUUU